UGUCUGGCGUCCAAAAUUAGAAUUUGGGUCACACAGACACGCUCUUGCAAUCGCUCUUGCGCAACAGUGUUUUACUUUGUCCUGUACUUGAAGUUUAGAUUUCAGUCUAGCCCUCAGACGACCAUCUCAGUGAAGAGAAAUGAAUAUCUUGGUCCUGACGUUGACGGCGGCGUUGUUUCUUGCGGCGGAGUCGGGCGGUGCGCGCCCCCCUCCCCACGGAAACUUCGCCGCCACGGCUCGGUACGUGCUGCACAACAACGGCUGGGGCAGUCUGGCCUCCACAUCAACACACCCGCCUAUCCAGGGGAAACCGUACGUGGAUACCUUCUCCGUAAGUGACGGUCCAGUCGGUAACAGUACCGGGGUGCCCUACCUUUUCUUCAGUCCGCUGGAGAGAACCGUUCAAGACCUGCAGGCCGACCCUUUUGCUACCCUGUUGGUGUCAGAGGUCCAGAGCGGGUACUGCGCCAGUGUGAAAUGGGACCCCGAAGAUCCCCGAUGUGCCAAAGUCCACCUGUCGGGUAACGUCGUGCCUGUGCCCGAAGACGAGACCGACUUUGCGAUGAAGUCGCUGUUUUCCAGGCACCCCAUUAUGGCUGAAUGGUACAAAAUGCCCGAUCACAAGUUUUACUUCGCCAAAAUGGAGAUAGAAGAUGUCUUCGUCUUGGACUUCUUCGGCGGUGGACAGAGUGUUUCUCUUGAAGAUUACUUCAAGGCCAACCCAUGAGAACAUGUGUAACCGUGCUCGCACUCCCUCUGCCUGUUUUGGUGCAAACUGCAACUGUUUAUUUGUACAUGUUCCGCACAAGCCAUUUCUGUACGCACAGUCAUGCAAGAUCUAGUAUUUGUAGUUACAUAUGGACCUUCCAGUAGUUAGUAACUUGUAAAAUUAUUGUAAAUACUCGAAACGUAAUUGCCAAUGUGAAAUGUUUGGUCUAGUAUUUGCAUUUAGUUACAUGUUGACAUUACAAUACUUACAUGUUACUAACAUGUAAAACUAUUGUUAACACUCAGAACGAAAUUACAACUUUACUGUAUACUAGUAUUUCAACUACAUUUGCUGAAUACAUGUACAUUACACCAAUGAAUGGACCUAUCACAUUAUUACGUCACAUUUUGUU